CUCACGAUGUCAAUACAUGUGUCACUGCAAAGACAACAAGAACUGCGGCCACACUGGGACCUGCAGUGAUGGCUGUGAGGACGGCUACUUUGGCUACAAGUGCCAGUAUGUGGAUAUGUUUUACUCUCUUGCACCGAGGACAUACAAGACUAGCGACGAAUGUAACUUUGAACAUUUGAAAAACAUAACUUUAGACAGCAACUAUUUUAGGUACGCCCGAAUUGUCUUUAAAGGCGAUAUUCCCCAAUUUUAUACCCUCAACUUCAUAAUGGAAGGAGAUACAGAUACUCAUUGCGACAACUUCUACCAAUCUAAGAUCGACGCGAGAACUAUCGAGAUCAUCUGCGAUCAGUUCAUCGAUAUAUUCAUGAGGUCACUGUCUCUUGUAACGGAUGGUGAUGGCGUGUGUAGGGUCUCCAUCAGUCGAGGGCGGAACCUGGCCCUCAAGCAGCAGACGAUGGACCCCAGCACCGUGGACGGGAACAGAUACAGCACUUCCGCAUGUUUUUACUCGCAGAACUGGAUGAUUAAGUUUGAUAUCCCUUCCACGAUUCACAAUUUUAUCAUCUACAGUAAACAAGAAAUCUACGUGCAUGAAAUGUUGACGUUUAUAUCGACCUAUACGUAUAGAACUGGAGAUGCGUUCGAAACCUUUCGCGUCAAUUUCACUGCGCCUUAUGGUAAGACGUACUCGUCCCCGACCCCCGUGAGGUUCCCGUGGCCGGUGUCGGAGAUUGAGAUACGUGUGGUGAACACUGGCAAGAAGAUCUACUUCUGUGAGGUGGAGGUGUUUGGAGAGAUCCACUGUGGGGACCACAGGUAUGGGCUAGAGUGUGAGACAAGCUGCCAGUGUCUGCACCAGGUGUCUGACUGCCAGAAACAGAACGCCUGUCUCUUCAACUGCUCCGGCAUGGGACUUAACACAUGCAGGUUCAGUAAGUUGCAGGUUCAGUUCAGUAAGUUGCAGGUUCAGCAAGUUGCAGGUUCAGUAAGUUGCAGGUUCAGCAAGUUGCAGGUUCAGCAAGUUGCAGGUUCAUCUGUACCACGCCGUAUUUUGAACGGGGUUGCGCGGUCAAGUGCUAUCGUAACUGUGACAAGGAGGCGUGUCACCAGACACUCAAUGGGACCAGCCCAUGUGAGUCCUGCCACACCCAAGUUCAGGAGAAAUGCGGAGAUGAAGUAUGAAGUGUACGCUCACGUUCCGUAUGUUCCACAAACGAUUGACCCCUAUCUGCCCACAGAUAAUGCUACAGGUCAGGACCCAGGUUCAGCCGGUGAAGAGUGCGGCUCAGGGUUUUACGGCUCACACUGCAUGUUCGUGUGCAGCAGUUGGUGCGACAUGCAGAACUGUGAGAGGGAGAACGGGACUUGCUACCGCUGCACUAUUGGACGCACGGGUGACUUCUGCGAGCAAAAGUGUAGUAUCGAUACCUAUGGCGUCAACUGUUCCUACGUCUGUGAUAAUCGAUGCUUCUUCAAUAUGUCAAACAGUGACAGGGUGUGUAACUCCGUCACUGGCGACUGUGAGCUCCCUGCCGACCCGCUUCUGUCAUCAAAGUUAACAGCCCCCAAUAGCACGACCUUUGUUGACUUCCUGAGAAUCCUCUGGGAUGAACAAGUAGGAAAGAUCGUUAUGCUGAACAGGGAUCAAGAACCGUACUGGUCGGAAGAAGGGAAAAUCAUUGAUACUUUUAGGAUAAAAGUUUUAAGCACACGGGUAUAUGCGGACUACACAACAAGACACAUCGAAAUUCAAAAGGUCGAUAGCCCGUCUCUCACAAAUCUCCUGACCCACUUCCAUUUCACCUCAUGGCCGGAAGACGGGUCGGACCCGUGUGUCUGGAGCCUAGUGGACUUUGAGCAUCGGGUCUUCCUUAAGCCAACGGAUUCCAGAACUUUGGUCCAUUGCAGGAACGGAACAACACGGACAUCCAUAUUUAUAGCUCUACAUGAUCUGAUCUUGCAAGCUAAAAUUUGGAACGUGAUUGAUUUCGUCAAAACAGUGACGAAAUUACGACAAGACAGAAGUCAUAUGAUUGAAACCUUCAUAACAUCGUGUGUGUAUUACUUAGACAAGAAGUACAUCCCAAUGUUACAUGACGACUCAGAUCCAGCUGGAGGUUACAUCAACGCCGUUACCGUAACUAGCCUGAACGUGCAUCCCAAACAGUUCCUGACCCAGCUGCCCCUGCCCACAACAACCAACGACUUUUGGAGGCUGGUCACACAGUAUAACGUCUCCUUGAUUGUUGCUUUUAACGUUCUGGUGAAAGACUCGUCCCUAGGUUCCUAUUUACCUGAAACAAAAGGCCAGCCGUUGCCGUGCGGAGAUCUGUUUGUCAUGGUCAAGUCAUUGACCAAGAGAACAAUAUGGGAAGAAAGGGUUGUCACAGUCAGGGCCAAAACAUUUCACGAAGUGACGCAUCUGACGUACGUAGCUGAGGAAUACGACGCCAAACGUCUCUUGCCCUUUGUGCUAAUGAUCCGUUCGCUGAAGACUCGCGACGGGGCUGUAGUCUACACGUGCAGGCAAGUGACGUGUGCACGUGUUUAG